GUGUGGUUCUGGUUCCGGGUCAGUCCCCGCCCGGGAAGGCUCCUCGGGCGGUGCGCGGGGGCGGCGGUCCCGGCCAUGCGGAGCCGGGCCAGGCGGCGCCGGCCGCGCAGGGCCCUGCCUGGGCUGCGGCGGGGCCCCGUGAGCCGCCGGGGGUAGGGCGGGGUGCCCCCCUUCCCUUCCCCCCCAGCCCCCCGCCCAUCGCCAUGUACACCUUCGUGGUGCGGGACGAGGGCAGCAGCGUGUACGCCGAGGUGAGCCGGCUGCUGCUGGCCAGCGGGCAGUGGCGGCGCCUCCGCAGGGACAACCCCCGCUUCAACCUGAUGCUGGGCGAGAGGAACCGGCUCCCCUUCGGCAGGCUGGGCCAUGAACCUGGACUUGUGCAGCUGGUGAAUUACUACAGGGGAGCAGACAAGCUGUGCCGCAAAGCAUCUCUGGUGAAGCUAAUCAAGACAAGCCCUGAGCUAUCAGAGUCUUGCACAUGGUUCCCUGAAUCGUAUGUGAUUUACCCAACAAACUUGAAGACCCCCGUGGCUCCAGCACAGAAUGGAAUUCACCAUCUCAUAAACAACACAAGAACAGAUGAGCGGGAAGUCUUCUUGGCAGCUUACAACAGGCGGCAGGAAGGCAAAGAAGGCAACGUCUGGAUUGCCAAGUCCUCAGCUGGCGCCAAAGGAGAAGGGAUCCUGAUUUCUUCAGAGGCUACAGAGCUUCUGGACUUCAUCGAUGAGCAGGGACAAGUGCACGUGAUUCAGAAAUACCUGGAGAAUCCUCUACUUUUAGAGCCAGGGCAUCGCAAGUUUGACAUCAGGAGCUGGGUUCUCGUGGAUCAUCAAUAUAAUAUCUACCUCUACAGAGAGGGUGUCCUGCGGACCUCUUCCGAACCAUAUAACAGUGCUAAUUUCCAGGACAAAACCUGCCACUUGACCAAUCACUGCAUUCAGAAGGAAUAUUCCAAAAACUAUGGGCGGUAUGAGGAAGGGAAUGAAAUGUUCUUUGAGGAGUUCAACCAGUAUCUGAUGGAUGCCCUGAACACAACGCUUGAGAAUGGCAUCUUACUGCAAAUCAAACACAUAAUAAGAAGCUGCCUUAUGUGUAUAGAGCCUGCAAUCAGCACGAAGCAUCUUCACUACCAGAGCUUCCAGCUCUUUGGCUUUGACUUCAUGGUGGAUGAGGAGCUGAAGGUCUGGCUAAUAGAAGUCAAUGGGGCCCCAGCGUGUGCUCAGAAGCUGUAUGCAGAGCUCUGCCAAGGAAUUGUGGAUGUAGCCAUUUCGAGUGUUUUCCCCCUCAAUGACACUGGGCAGAAGAUGAGCCAGUCAUCAUCGAUCUUCAUCAAGCUGUGAUGACGUCGGGACUGCCACUGCUGUGAACAGGGAAAGACUGCAUCUCUGGGGUCAGCACAGUUCGGUGGCCUAUCUCAGUAACAUGCCAAAAAGUGAUAGAGACAGGCUUCUUAUUUUCUUGGAAACCACAGGGAAAAACAACAAAACAGGCAUCCACUCAAAGCUGUGAUUAGCCAGAGCUGCUCAGAUAACUCUGCCUGCAUUCACCAAAAUCCACUUUAGAAACAGCUUCUGUAACUUUGAUAUCUGAAACAAAUCUCUCUGGGAGAACAACAAAAUAACCUUAAAAUGAAACCCCAACAGGGAUACUGUAUAUGCUCUAUUAGCUCCUCCUUUUCUAUAGAGAAAACAUUGGGUUUUUUAAGGGAAUCGAGCGAAGAGAACGAUGAAGUUGUCCUCCUGCUGUGUUUGUUCUUUCCUCACCUAUUGCAUCAUUAGUGCCUUAGCUCCGCUCCAAAUAGGUGACUCCUUUCCUUUGUUCCUGCUCUGUUACAUAGAAAGGAGCAAGCUCUCUUGCAUUGCAGGGUGCCUAAAACCAGGAACACCAAGAAUUCAGUUUCCUUUGGUCAUUUUCCAAGCUGGUUGGCUGAACACCUAGGCAAUGGCUGGCAAAAGGGUGCUGAACUGCAGGCGGUGAAUUAACCCAAGGAAGGAAGACGAUUUUGUUUAUUUAUAGCUAUCCCUUUUCCUACUGAGAUUUGAAUCAGUGUCUAUCCCAGUCUGAUGCAGUUUAAUUCUGUUUAGAAGAGGUAGAGAGAGCCCCUGAGAGCUCACUUGCGAGCUGUAGGAUUUCUACCAUCACUUUUGUGCUGUGUUUCAAAUAGCAGAAACCUGUGAAUUUAGGUUCUUCUCUCAACUUUCACCUUCAUGAUUUGAGGCUUGAACCUGAAACCUUUCAACCCAAAUGAUUUUUAUCCUGUUUGAUCCAGCCAGUUUUAUUCUCCUCCAUUUGACAAAUAUUGCAAUCUUCUGCCAUGAACACAGUCCACAACUUGAUCUCAGCUAGGGGGAAAGUGGGUGAGCUUUUGUAGACCAGGAGAAAGAUUCCUGUUUGCCACACAACUGGGAAAGCAGGUUUUUGGGGGGGAAGGAGAGUUUAAAUUCCUUGAGGUCUCUGAAUUUCAGAGCUAACAUCUGCUUUGAGUAUAACCUAAAUCCCUGGCAUAUUGCCCACCCUGUGAAGUGUAUCUGAAUUUUCAGUGUGAGCCCAGCAGGUCCCUCCUAAGACAGAGCUCUUUGCAGAGCACGGUGGCACUUGUAGCAGCAGCAAGCUUUGGUGGGGGUGUUGGGAGCUGUGUUUUGCUGCUUCUGGUGGGGAGAGAUGGUUGGCACUGAAAUUAACUGGUUUGUGUUGCCCAAAACAAACAAGAAGAGAUUGUGGAGGUUACAAGCUGCCUAUAUAUAAUGGGAAGUGAAUCAAGCAAUGGGAUUUCUGCCUUCUUCAGAAGAUCCUAGUGCUUUGGUGUACUCAUCUCAUGCCAGCAGACCAUCCUGGCACCUUUCUGUAGGCAGGACUGAAGCAAUUCAUGCCUCCUUGGAGUGAUACAUUUUAUCGUGCAUUUUAUCACAGGACUGACAUUCGUUGCAACACACUCUGAAUCUACAAGUGGCACUGUUUGACACAGGGCCACUCAAAUCCAGGAGGGAACAGAGUGCUUAGCAAAACCCCGUGGAAGCAUCGCAGAGAGGGCACAUCCCGAAGAACCACACAAACACCUCUGAAGUUGUCAGCGCCCUGAAGCCAGCAUGGAUCUGCAUCUACGGAGUGCGUGGUGGAUUCAGAGUGCACUGGUGCAGGCAGAGAAGUGACAGGGAGCAGGACCUAUGUGAAAAGGGGGCUGCAGCUUGGUUUCCCUGCACUGCAGGUACUGGCAGGUGGCUUUACUUCUAGCGAGAUGCUGAAUGCCAGGUCUGGUCUCUGGAUUUGGGCCUCAUGGGUGUUUGGAAGAUGGACUAUGAAUGCACUGCUCCAUGAGAUGGGAAGUGCUGGGUGAUAAAGUAGGGAGAGGGGUGUGGGGGAAGGAGUGGUUGGGUUUUUAGCACAUGGAUGUAAAAAUGUCACUGCAGUCCAGGUAAAAUGUAGCGAUAACAUGUCAAGGUAAAAUGUAGGCUGUUAAGGGCUGUUAAUCAAUUUGCAAAGUUCAGCAUGUCUCCAUUGACAUUUUCAUGUUAGCUUAUGUGAACUUAAGAAUAAUACUAUCUUGCCCAGCAAAGAGAAGAUCUCACAGCAAUUGGUCUCAUCCAGGAUGUGCCUGAGGUGACAGCUGGGCUCUCACAAGCUCUAGGGCAGAUGAGCAGAGCGUGAAGUUAGACCAGAAAAUUUUCCCCAUCGCAAUGAACUAGAAAUGCUUGUUUUCUGGGGUGCUAAACCCCUCCUUCUUUUCCCCUAAAAAGGGAAGGGGAGGUUAAAUUAUGAUGAUGAAUCACUCCCUUACUGCACAGUAACAUGAGGUUCCUGGCUAUGUAGCAGGAUAAGAGAGAGAAAGCUGCCUGGAUACAGGCAAAAGCAGUGGCCCCCACUGGAGCAGCUGGUACCACCAGCAGGAGCAAUGACUGGAGAUCUUCUGCCUAAUUCCAAGGCCUUUCCUUCCCCCUUUUUCAUCCCGGAUUGGUUGUGGCAGAUCAACAGCUGGCCAUUUUUGCUGUUCAUCUGAAAGUGGGGCUUCGGCUUGGCAGUAGAGUCAUGACUACAGGCAGUGCAAUUAUUCGUACCCUGCCUUUUAGGCUGGGCAUGGGGGAGGUAGUGUUUUGGGAAACUUGAAUCUUCCAUUUGCUGAAUUUUUCAGGAAUAAGCAACAGCCUCUGGAGGAAAAUGUGUGUAUUUUCCACCUUCUCUCAGCGCUCCCCAAAGUAAAGCACAGAACGUAAAUUAUAAAGGACAGAGAGCACAGUGCCUAAGGUUUUGCCCAAAAUAUUAGCUAUGAGGUGGAGUAGAGGAUGUGUGUGUGGCUGAGGCCUGAGCAUUGCAGCCAUGGGUGCACCUUGCAAGUGAUACUCACAAGCCCCUAUGAGACUUUUGUUUGUUUCUUUUUUAGGAAUAUACAACAAUAAAUGUUUUCUAGCUUAUUUCAGCUAAAAGGUCAAUAGAAAAGGUCUUACUCUCUUUCCUGAGCUUUCACCCAGGAUGGUGCUGGGUUUCUAGAAGACAUCUACCAUAUUGCAGAAUGUCUCUAGUCCUAGAUGUAUCCCUUCAUGUCAUCCAUGAAGGAUUUCUGGCCCAGAUGUUCUGGCUGUGUCUUCCAGCAGGGUCUGGUCCCGCUGGACUCUGGGUUUCAGAUAAUUCCGAUGUGGCUUGUUGCAUAUAAGUUAGUCAUUGUUACCAUGCAACAGGUAUUGUGUUUCUGCUGAAAUCUGAUGGCUGGCCACAGUCCACAGAGAAUGCUGGACAAGUCUAAGAAAGGCUCAAAAGCUGCUUUCAUCUAGGUGGCUGUGGCCAGUGCCCUUCAGGACUGCUUGCAUGUACCUGCUCCCAGCAUUUGUUGUUCUCCACAUGCAGCUCUCCCUCAGGAGAGCAAUGCUGUGCCAUGUGUAGGUUCAUAAACAUAUUCCAUUGACAGUGUCUGCUGUGGCAGCCCUGGGGAAACCCUGGUGUUGAGAGGAUGGUGGGGUACAGGGGGCGCUGCCAAGCUGGCUGCCUGCCAGGCUCUGGAUCGUGUCCCCAGCUGCUCUCACGUCAGCAUGUGCGUGUGAGGCUGGCAAGUGCCUGAGUUCCGUGGAUCUCCGGUGACUCUAUCCACAUCUCUCCUAAACCAUCAUUAAAACAUGCAAACCCCA